AAAACAAUUAUCACUAUUCAGUAUUCACUAAUACACAAAUUCAUGUCAUAUACCUAGAUACAUAGAGAGUUAUUUGGAAUUUAGGUUAUAAAAGCUUAACUUAAAAUAAAAUUUGAAAGAAAACCAUGUGAUAAACGAGCUCUUCCAUUAGUUUCUUGUGUUACUCUAGAUAACAAAAUGGGAGGCGGUGAUUUGAAUACGAAAAAAGCUUGGCAUCCCAGCAAUUUAAAAAAUCAGGAACGUGUCUGGAAAGCGGAGCAAGCUGCUGCCGCCGAAAAGAAACGAAUUGAGGAAUUAGAGAGGGAACGAGCACAAGAGAGAGAUCGAGAGGAAUUGAAUGCCUUAUCCAGACAAAAUGUCAACACUAAUACAACUCAAGAAAAUAGGCUCCAUUGGAUGUACGAUAAACCAGAUAAACAGGUGCAACAAGAAGAUUAUUUGUUGGGGAAGGCGAUUGAUAAAAACUAUGACCAAGGAGAUAAGCAGGAUCAAAAUGAGAUCCCAGCAGUAUCCCGCCGAGUUGUUGGAUCUAGCAUGAUGACUGCUGGAGGCGAUGUUCAGGUGGAUUUGGCAAGGAAACUCCGAGAGGAUCCAUUGUUGCUGGUGAAGGAAAGGGAGAGAGCUGCGAGGGCGGCAUUGCUUAACAAUCCAAUCCAGAGACGCAAACUGACUGAGCUUUUAAGAAAAGAACAAGAAAAGAAGAUAUUAAAAAAAAAGUCCAAGAAAAGUAACAUUGAUGAACUGCUUGCUUCCAAAUUAAGUGCCCUAGCUGGUGAAAAAAGCAUGAACCUAGCAAAACUACUUGACUCAGACAGUUCAUCGUCAGAUAGUUCGUCAUCAUCAUCACGGAAGAAAAAAACUAAGAAAAAGAAGAAAAAGAUGUCAAAACAUAAAUCCAAAAAGCACCAAGGAAAUGACAGUGACGAAAAACAAGAAAAAAGUAAAAAGUCCAAAGAUAAGAAGAAACAUAAGGAUAAAAAAGAUAAAAACGAUGACAGUGAUGCUGGAACCAUUUCCAAACGAGAAAAAUAUCACAAUGACUUAAAGUUCGAUGACAAAAAAUAUCCUUCAUCAAUGAAACGUAAAAGUCAUGUCGAUAGUGAUGGUGAACCUCAAAGAAAAAGUAGGAAAUCUCUUAAAGAAGUUUCACCGUAUCAAAAAAGAAAUGAAAGCUAUAGCCAGGACCGGUAUAGACGCUCCAGCGGUGAUAGAAACAGAUCGAGGAGGGAAACCGAAAAUGAUGACAGGAGAAACUCUGAUCGAAGGGGGCCAUCAAGGUCCAGGUCAAGAUAUGAUCAAAAAACUCCCCGGGAUAAUCAGAGAUCUGAACUAAGUCAGGACGAGAAGGCAGCCAAAUUAGCGGCCAUGGUUCAAGCUGGUGCGGAGAGGGAAAUACAGAGGGGGAGAAGGGUCGCUGAGCAAUUAGCAGAGAAAGCUGCCGAAGACACUACGACCUUGCCAAGGUCAUCCCACAAGAACCAAGCGCGGACACUACCGGACUCCCUCGAAAGCCGCAUCCAUUCAAAUCGUCACAACAUUCAACGCGACAAACGACACAUGAACGAACAUUUUGCUAGGAGAUGAUAAAUAAAAGCUACAUAUGUAUAAAAUCAAUUUAUUUCACUAAAAAGUUAUAGCGAUGAGUACACAAAUGCCGCCUAAUUAUAUAAACGAUUAAUUUAAUAUAAAAUCCGAUAUUACGAAGUCGGUGUGUUAUUUGAGAGAUUUGCCCUACAGAUAUUCUAUGACGAUCCUUCAAUCAAGCGGUAUCUUCUCCCUGACGAUCUGUAAUUUACAAAAUAAAGUAAUUUUAAAUAA